AUGGGGCUGUGGGUGUGCAGAGUAUCCCUGGGGGGACGUCUCCCUGCCCCAGGCUCGCUGCGUCCUGCCUCUGGGGCAGAGGAGCCCUGUCCCAGCCCCAGCCUGGCUCUGUGGGCUCAGGGUGCUGUCCCUGCAGUGUUCCUGAUGACCUGCAAGCCCCCCCUGUACAUGGGCCCUGAGUACAUCAAGUACUUCAGCGACAAGACCAUCGAUGAGGAGCUGGAGAGGGACAAGCGGGUGACGUGGAUCGUGGAGUUCUUCGCCAACUGGUCCAGUGAGUGCCAGUCCUUCGCCCCCAUCUUCGCCGACCUCUCUCUCAAGUACAAUUGCCAGGGGCUGCAGUUUGGGAAGGUGGACGUGGGCCGGUACACGGACGUCAGCACCAGGUACAAGGUCAGCACCUCGCCCCUCACCAAGCAGCUGCCCACCCUCAUCCUGUUCCAGGGGGGCACGGAGAUCAUGCGGCGGCCGCAGAUCGACAAGAAGGGCCGGGCCGUGUCCUGGACCUUCUCAGAGGAGAACGUGAUCCGGGAGUUCAACCUCAACGAGCUCUACCAGAAGGCCAAGAAGCAGUCGAAGCCGCGGGAGGAGGGGCCCGAGGAGGCCCCGCCCGCGCCCGCAGCUGCCGGGCACCCCGAGGGGGAGACCAAGAAGGACAAGUAGAAGCUGCCCUGCGCUGUCGCCCAUCACGACGCCGCCAUCACCCUGGUGGCACCGGCCUCGCCCGGCCCUGCCCGGCGCCGCUCUCCGUGGGGGCCGGUCCCGGCCGAGCCCCGGGAGAGUGGCAGGGCCCCCCCGGCCCGGUGCAGGCAGGGCGGUAGGAGGGGCCCCGCCUCGGUUGUAACGCUCGCUCUCUCUCAUCGCUGACAAUAAACGGUCCAUGCGGUGCCCGUG